CCUAUUGGGUAUAAAUGUGACCAUAUGAUUUUUCUGCAAAGACAGCUGAUACCAAUUAUAUCGUUUCUAAAAUUCGCUUCAUCUAGACCUAAUUUAAAAAAUUUAUAUCCCCCAGUUAAGGAGGAAGAAUUAGAAGAACAUUUUAUCAAAGGGUGUGGUCCCGGAGGAUCAAAAAUUAACAAAUCCAUUAAUUGUGUUUUAUUAAAGCAUUUACCAACUGGAAUAUUUGUGAAGUGCCAACAAGAUAGAGCUCUAGACACUAACAGAAAAAUAGCGAGAUUUUUAUUGCAAGAAAGAUUGGACACACAUUACAACGGGGAAAAUAGUAUCGUUGCUCUGCGAAACCGAAGCGAAAUAGAAAAAGAGGCCAAAAACGCUAAGAGGGCUCAAUCUAGAAGGGAAAAAUUGGCGAAAUACAAAGACCUUCUCAAACAAAGCAAUGAUCACCAAAUUCAAUAAAAUGU